AUGGAAAACACAAAUCCUAUUGAAUUUACAUUGCAAGCCAUGCAACAACAAUUUGCAAGGUUUGGAGCUGUUAUGGAAAAUGUAACAGAACGAUUGGAGAGGCUGGAAUUUCAAGCACCACCGAGGAAUGAGGAGGAAGGAGAGAGCGAAGGAGAAGAUGAUCGUUCAUCAACACAUCGAAAUGAAAGGCGAGGAGGAGGUAGAAGAAGAAGACAUCAAAAUGAAGUUGAUGGUGACUUGGGAAGCAUCAAAUUGAAGAUCCCAACAUUCCAAGGAAGGAGUGAUCCUGAAGCCUAUUUGGAGUGGGAAAGAAAGGUGGAGCUCAUCUUUGAGUGUCACAACUACUCCGAGGAAAAGAAGGUUAGACUUGCUGCAAUUGAAUUCACUGAUUAUGCAAUAGUUUGGUGGGAUCAAUUGACAACAAAUAGAAGGCGCUAUCGAGAGAGACCAAUUUCCACGUGGGAGGAAAUGAAAAGCAUAAUGCGUAAGAGAUUUGUACCUUCUCAUUAUUUUCGUGAAUUGUAUCAAAAAUUACAAUCUAUGAAUCAAGGUACUAAAUCUGUUGAUGAGUACUACAAAGAGAUGGAGAUUGCCAUGAUUAGGGCAAAUGUUGAUGAGGAUAGAGAGGCAACCAUGGCUCGAUUCCUAUGUGGGCUGAAUAAGGAGAUUGCAAACAUCGUGGACCUACAACACUAUGUGGAGCUGGAGGAUAUGGUUCACAUGGCCAUGAAAGUAGAGAGGCAAUUGAAGAAGAAGGGAACCUUUCAAAGGAAUUUUCCAACAAGUUCUCAAUCUUCAAAGUCGAAGGAGUGGACUUCGUCUAAGUCAAAUUUUGGGGCAGCCUCUAAACCUCAAAAUGAUGUGUCCAAAUUCAAGUCCAACGAAGGCGAAAGGGGCAAAGGUAUCUCUAAUUCUACAUCUUCUACUAGAAAUAGAGAUAUCAAAUGUUUUCGAUGUCAAGGUGUUGGACAUAUUGCAUCUCAAUGUCCAAACAAAAGGGUGAUGGUCUUGAAGCCGAAUGGAGAAAUCGAAUCUGAAAGUGAACAUGAUGAUGAUGAUGAUGAAGAUGAUGAACAAUUGGAGGAGAUUGUACCGGAACAUGGUGAGCUUUUGGUGGUUCGAAGGGCUCUAAACGUGCAAAUCAAACAGGAGGAAGAACAAAGGGAGAACAUCUUCCACACAAGAUGUUUAGUCCAAGGUAAAGUAUGCAUGUUAAUUAUUGAUGGUGGUAGUUGUACCAAUGUUGCAAGUGGCGAGAUGGUGGAGAAACUGAACUUAAAAACUGAACGGCAUCCUCAUCCAUAUAAGCUACAAUGGCUUAAUGAAUGUGGUGAAAUUCGUGUGACAAAACAAGUUCUAAUUUCAUUUUCUAUUGGCAAUUAUAAAGAUGAAGUUCUUUGUGAUGUGGUGCCAAUGCAUGCUAGUCACAUUCUUUUGGGAAGGCCAUGGCAGUUUGAUCGAAGGGUGACCUAUGAUGGAUUCCGCAAUCACUACACCUUCAAGCACAACAACAAAUCCAUCAUGCUUGUUUCUUUGACACCUCAACAAGUUCAAGAGGACCAGCAGAAAUUGUCUCAAGCAAGGAGAGCUCGUGAGGUUGAGGGCAAUAAAAGUGAGGAGUUUGAGGACGUCUUUCCCGAGGAGGAACCAAGUGGAUUACCUCCUUUAAGAGGUAUCGAGCAUCAAAUUGACUUUGUUUCCGGGGCUGUUCUACCAAACCGACCAGCUUAUCGAGCCAAUCCAGAAGAGACUAAAGAGAUCCAAAGGCAAGUCCAAGAGUUGUUGGAGAAAGGAAAGAUUCGUGAGAGCAUGAGUCCAUGUGCUGUACCGGCUAGAUGA